UCACAAAUAUCACAAUAUUCCAGUUCAACAAUACCAAAAAACUCCCUCACAAUCGAUUCCUUAGUUGCAAAUUUUCGUUAAAUAUCCUACCACUUAGCAAACACAAGAUGAGACAAAUGUCGCAUAUAAAGCCAAUGGAGCGGAAGCAAUACGCCGAGGAUCGGCAAAACUUUGUGUCCACACGCAUGAGUCUGCCACUUUUCAUGUUGGCUCGCAAUCGCUUGCGAGAGGAUCACUUGCAACGGACAAAGAAACAGUUUAAGCUCGCCGGAGAACAUUACAAUAAGUAUUGCAAAGAAGAGAAUAGAGGAGAGGCCGCCAGCGCUGCAACCUAUGAGCAUUACAAACAUAUUACAGGCUUUGACAAGCUGCCCGAUCAUCCCUAUCCAGAGAGGCGUCCUCUGUUCUUUGAUCGAAACAAGACAACUUUUCUCCCUUGGCAGCAAGCGCCCAAUCGGUAUGGAGUGCCACCGGUUCCAUUUCUCUCGCAGUCUGGCACCAAGGGCACUGUAUUUCAGAAGCUACACAGUAACAAAAGCAUUAAGCCGCCUGUGGAGAUGCCAUAUCAGUUCUAUGAAGUACCGACAUCGAUUGAGUGCAUGUCUAGUCCGGAGAAUAGGCAUAAGGGUGUCUUCUUGUCAAAUGCGCGUGAUCGUCGACCCACUUCACGUUUUAUGGUUUCGAAUCCAACCAGCUGUUGGCGCAAUCCCAACGAGCCCGGCGCUACCAGCCACUAUACAAAAUAUUAUGAAUUGGCUGCUAAUAUUAAGUCAGUCAUAAAGGAGCAGCCACCGAAUCCGCAUCUAUUUUUACGGCACUCUUGCGUCCCAACGAAACCGAAUUUGCUGAUAAGGCGCCACUUAAGCUUCGAGCCGGCCGUUGGCCGUUAUGAUGUACGCUUCCCUAAUGUUUGCCCAUGUGCGGCAGGCAAGAUAAGUGUCCCCAAUCUACAGAUACUGAUCAAUGAUCAGAAGCGGCUCAAGUUCCGUAGGUUGCCGUACACUCGGAUCAGUAGUAAGCAGUUAUGCGAACCGGACUGGCGGCAUGUGGUGGGCAAGGGCCAUACAUAUAGGUUUCGUAUGUCGAAGCGAGAUAUGCCCAGGAUAAAGCUGAAGAAAACCGCAGCGGGCGGCAAGAAGCCCGAGAAGCACUUGAAUAUGUUUGCUGAUGCAAAAUAUUUGAAUAUGCUCACGCAGCCGCAGCGUGCGAUCAUUUCGAAGCGUGAAAUAGCUCUGCCGCCGUAUACGCCACGAAUCGUUUUCAAUUCAGUGGCUAAACGUGUUGUUCGGAAGCAGUUGCGCAACAAUAAGAAGAUCGCAUUCAACAGUGGCCAGGAGCGCUUCAAGGAUGCUGAUCGACCCAUGCAGCUAACGGUGCGUCAGCUGGAGGCAAUCAAGGCUAGACUGCCACCGGAGCGUCGCCUCGUUGAUCGCCCGCUCGAUUUGCGCAAGUCAACGAUCGUGAGCAAGCUGAUGCAAGUGCCCGAUCACCAGAAGGUGGCCUACAUGCCCAAGUUGCGGAAACGCCUGUUUAAAUUCUUACCUGUGCCUGCCGCACGUGUUCUCGUCACCGAUAGCGAUAUUAAGCCUGACAUUCCGUACGAUCCAGAUCAUCCGACUGGACUGUUUAGACAGAGGCUAGACGAGCGCACCUUCUUCCGCGAUAGUGUGCUGGAGCAGUUAAUGAAAACUGAAAAAGUGCAAAUCGAAAAGGAUUCAAACCAGACAUCCAAUAUGUCCAUCACCUCGAAGGCAUCCAAGCAUUCGCUUCGUAGGCACGGCAGUAAGCGGUUCGUUCUACCUGCUGAAUAGCAGGAAUAGCAAACAGAAAAUGGUAACUCAGUUUCAUAGUUCAUCGCUUUAACAAUUACAAUUCUUGCAAUUACGGAGUAUGGAGGUGAUCACUGACUAACGGUUACAUAGUUUAUGAUUUAUGUUCAACGCUCGAGUAAAUUUUUGCAGCCACCAACUGGGUGGAGGACGCGCACACGGUCGUUGCAUGUGUGCCGUGUGGUCAUAAAACAGUCGCAAGUAACUUUUGACCAUAAAAUAAAUAACUUUUUAACUGUC